CGCGUGAAAGCUCGCAAGUGAAACGCUCGACAUACCUCUUUUUCUACGUGCCUCACAUUUCGGGAGUACCACCUCGAGCCUCCGGCGCACACGUGGGAGAAAAUGCGGACCAGUGCGAGCACGAUUUUCGCGAUCGCCUGCUCGUCGAUCGCGCUGGCGCUCGCGAAACCGGCGCCGGAGCCACCGGUGAGCUCGUACUUUCCAUCCUCCGGAGGGGGUGGCGGCGGCGGCGGCGGCGGCGGCGGCAGCUACGGGCCACCCCCGGACCGUUACGGGCCGCCACAGCAGAACCCGGUGAUCCACAAGCACGUGUACGUCCACGUGCCGCCGCCGGAAGCGCCGGAGUACAAGGCGCCUAAGCACAUACCGCAGCCGCAGCCGCAGAAGCACUACAAGAUAGUGUUCAUCAAGGCGCCGACUCCGCCGACGCCGACCGCGCCGCAGCUGCCGCCGCUGCCGCAGCCGGACGAGGAGAAGACGUUGAUCUAUGUCCUGGUGAAGAAACCGGAAGAGGCGCCCGAGAUCGUGCUGCCGACGCAGGCGCCGACGCAACCCAGCAAACCGGAGGUCUACUUCAUCCGCUAUAAAACUCAGAAGGAGCAAGGUGGCGGCGAAUACGGUCCACCGGGACAACAACCGGGGCAGCCCAUCGACAGUUACGGGGCACCGCAUCCGGGCCCCAGCGGACCGUACUAGGAUUCAUCGCACGAGCACACAUCACCCUCACCACCAACCCUCGAGAGACUCCCGACAUUUUACGGAGGCAAAAUAUUUAACGGUGACUACCCUCGCGGUCGUUUCGCGAUACGUGAACGCAAACGCGAUCCCGGAUGGAUCUUAAUAAUCGUAGGAGGGAUGUAUAUAUCGCCUGUAUCUCGUAAGAUAGGCCGCAUGGUGUUUUAAAGGUGCUUAAGAGGCAGACAGCUCGUGUUGUUAAAGCCUAUAUACUUCGUGAUGUCGCUCGCGCACAUACACACAUGUACACAUUCACACAGAUUCGCACAUACGCGUAUAUAAACCGAGUUCUUGAACGACCGAGUACCGAGUACAACGUUCGUCGCGGUUCUCUGUUGAAAGAAACAAAAAGAAAAAACGAAAAUUAAUUUUUAUAUACGAGACGUCGAUGCUUCUUUUGUAUCUUUUAAGAAAAUAAUAUUAAAUACAUUUUUUUAUAUCAAACGA